AUGCAGGAAAUCACGUCCGUUGGUAAAUUGUUGGGUUUGGGGGACACGCCCAGGUUUAUGCUACGAGACUUGAAGAUGAGAGCAUUCUGGCGUUAA